UAUAGAUAUAUAUGUUGAAUCAGAUUCUGAAGAUUCUCCACGGAAAGUUUGCUAACAGGCAUAGACAUUGAGUUCGUACAGAAGAUCAGUUAAGUAUGAGAGAGAGCUAGCUUGAAAAUUCAACGCUUAGUACUACGUUAACAAACCCCUUUCAUGGUGACGCUUCGUUUUCUUCUUCCUCUGCACCAAUUUCACUCACAACAUCAGCGCAUAUUAUCUACAACGAUCCUCAAUAGUCUCUUCCACACCCAACCGCACUCUCUCUGCAGCUUCAGACGUGAGUUUUGGACCUCUGAUGAUAGUUCUAGUACCAGUUUAACAGACCCCACUUCGUCUUCAUCAUCACCAUCAUCAUCAGAAUCUGUUGUCAGAACAGUAUGUUCUCUAGUCUGUCAAUCUUACUACCAACAACAAACCCAUUUCAAAUCAACACCUCCCAAGCUAAACCUGACGAUAGAUUCUGGGUAUUUGACUCCUGAGCAAGCGAUUACAGUCGUCGCUUCGCUCGCCGACGAGGUGGGUUCAAUGGCGGCUUUGAGCUUCUUUUACUGGGCAAUCGGCUAUUCGAAAUUCAGGCAUUUCAUGCGGUUAUAUAUUGUUUUGGCAAUGUCUUUGAUUCAAAAUGGCAAUUUGGAGAGAGCCCAUGAAGUCAUGCAAUGUCUGGUGAGGAGUUUUGCUGAAAUUGGGAGGUUGAAGGAGGCUGUUGAUAUGGUUAUUGAGAUGCAAAACCAGGGCUUGACUCCAAAUACUAGGACCCUGAAUUGCAUUGUUGGUAUAGCUGCUGAAAUGGGCUUGAUUGAAAUUGCGGACAACGUGUUCAAUGAAAUGUCUGAUAAAGGGGUAUGUCCUGAUUGUUGUAGCUUUAAGCUAAUGGUUGUUGCAUACUGCAGAAUGAGUAGAAUUCCGGAGGCAGAUAGGUGGUUGAGUGCAAUGCUGGAGAGAGGCUUUCUCGUCGAUAAUGCAACAUGUACAUUGAUCAUUACUGCAUUUUGUGAAAAGGGGAGUGUGAAUAGAGCAUUGUGGUUUUUUCAUAAGAUGCUUGAAAGGGGAUUGACUGCAAAUUUGAUCAAUUUCACCUCACUGAUUAAUGGGUUGUGCAAGAGGGGCAGUAUCAAGCAAGCGUUUGAAUUGUUAGAGGAAAUGGUUAGGAAAGGUUGGAAACCAAAUGUUUAUACACAUACGGCGUUGAUUGAUGGCCUCUGUAAAAAGGGGUGGACCGAAAAGGCAUUUAGAUUGUUCCUUAAGCUUGUCAGGAGUGAUAAUUACAAACCCAAUGUGCACACAUACACUGCCAUGCUCAGUGGGUAUUGCAAGGAGAACAAGUUGAAUAGGGCAGAGAUGUUAUUUGCCAGAAUGCAGGAACAGGGAUUGGUUCCUAACACCAACACGUAUACUACUCUCAUUGACGGGCACUGUAAAGUAGGGAAUUUUGAUCGAGCAUAUGAGUUGAUGGAUACAAUGGAUAAAGAAGGUUUCACUCCCAGUAUCUAUACAUAUAAUGCAAUUAUCGAUGGGCUUUGUAAAAAAGGAAGGGUUCAAGAGGCUUAUAAAUUGCUAAAGAGAGGCUAUAAAACUGGAGUUCAUGCUGAUAGAGUAACAUAUACAAUUCUCAUAUCUGAGCACUGUAAGAGGGGCGAUACUAAGCAUGCCCUUGUGUUUUUCAGUACGAUGGUCAAACUUGGCCUUACACCUGAUAUGCAUUCCUAUACCACAUUAAUUGCCGCCUUUAGUAGGCAAAAGAGAAUGAAAGAGGGUGAGCGUCUAUUUGAUGAUGCUGUCAGACUUGGCUUAGUUCCGACCAAGAAAACAUAUACAUCUAUGAUAUGUGGACACUGUAGAGAUGGCAAUGCCAUCUUGGCUAUGAAGUUGUUUCAGAGGAUGAGUGACCAUGAUUGUGCACCUGAUAGCAUCACUUAUGGUGCUUUGAUAAGUGGGCUCUGUAAAGAAUCCAAGUUGGAUGACGCUCGUAGGCUCUAUGAUACCAUGAUUGACAAAGGACUUUCCCCAUGUGAAGUUACUCGGCUGACAGUAGCUUACGAAUAUUGCAAGAAGGAUGAAUCUGAAACUGCAAUGGUUAUCUUAGACAGAUUAGAGAAAAAGCUAUGGAUCCGCACGGUUAAUACUUUAGUCAGAAAGCUUUGUAGUGAGAGUAAAGUGGACAUGGCAGCAUUUUUCUUCCGUAAAUUGUUAGAUAAAGACCAGAACGUGGAUCACAUAACCCUUGCAGCAUUCAUGAAUGCAUCUUAUGGUAGCAACAAAUAUGCACUUGUUUCUGAAUUGUCUGAAAGGAUUUCAAAACAAAUGAAUUGUCUGCCAAAAUGUACUGAAAAGUUUAUUUCAUUUGUUUCCAAUGCUUGAGCUUCUGUAGCAUUACGAAGGUAUCCCAAUGUUGUUCAGACCCAUAUUGUUGUAUAGAGAGAUUUCUAUUGAUAAUUUAAGACUUCUCGGAGGCCUGCAAGAAUACUAAGCCCGUACUUCUCAAGUUUGUUAGUGGAGCUACAUGUAGCACUGUAACUUUGGAAUGAUAUUUUUGAAACAAAUAAUGAAAUGGUGAUUGGUCUCAUUUGAUAUAUAUUUUGGUACAAAUUGUUUCCUUCAGGCAGACUUCCCUUGGCAUGUUUAUCUUUCAGCUUCUAUAGAACUCCCCAAAUUGUAUUGGAAUUCUUCUUUAUAUUCUCUGUUAUCAGUUACUAAAAUCACUGUUGAGU